CUUUGGGUUUGCUUAGAACACUGAUAGCACUUAAACCUUUUAUAAACGUUUACAAAGUGUUUUCUGGGAUUGACACCUUGUUCUGCGAGUGUGUGUAUGUGGAGGAGACAUGAAUAAACAGAAAAACAAGCUAUUAAGUGAAGCAUCCUAGGAAGAAGAACUACUUUCUCUUGUCAUCUUGAAAAGAUUGAUUCUUUUAUUUAGCGAUCCAAUCUAAUGCGCCUUCUGCGGCGGUAAAGAGGGAGUGUGGGGCGUAGUCGAUACCCUCCGUCAAAAGGUUACUCAUCAUAGCUUGUACCCGUUGAUGUCCGACCAGGUCAGCACAGACAAGUUCGCCUACAACUUUAGCAUCUGUGUCUCCCCACUCUUUGGCUCCGUGAGCCCCAAGCGACUUGUGGAGUUUCUGGAACUCACACGGCUACUGGGUGUUCAGCAGAUCUUCUUCUACGACUUCUCUACCUCAAAGGUAGUGCGACGGGUGCUCAGGCAUUACGAAGGCAAACGCUGGGUUACGGUUAUUCCUUGGCGAAUGCCGAAGGAGAUGUCCAGCAACAUCUGGUACCAUGGUCAACUGGUGGUCCACAACGACUGUCUGUACCGCACCAUGGCGCAGUCCGUCUACACUGCUUUCCACGACAUCGAUGAGUUCAUCGUGCCUCACUCCAAGGAUGCAAGAACUUACUCCGAGAUCAUUCCGCCAGAACUGCCAAACGACACGUGUGGCUACAGCUUUGUGUCGGCGUUUUUCGACCCUCUGGUGGCUACCCAGCUCCCCGACGACGUCAUGACCGUUUUCUCGACAGCAAGGACAGAGGUUAUUAGCAUAGUUCUGACUAAGGUCAUGGUGAUGCCUCGCCGUGUGUUCGAAGUGGGAAUACACCACGUCAGCAAGCAGCUGCUGGAUCCCUGGGAGUCCCGCCCCUUUAACCCCGAGAGGGCGCUCCUACACCACUACAGGGAUGCCCUCGACGACUAUGACAUGAGCUGUGACUCUUGGGUGAAGGACACAACCAUUCGGGAUCAUUACAUGCCUGAACUUAACAUCCGCAUGGCAACUGCUGUGGAAGCCCUCAAACUUUAACUUGAAAAAGCUGAGAUUCAGUAUUAGCAGCGUAAAGACCAGCGAUGUGUGUGGACACUCUUUCUUCAGAUCAGGAAAUAUCAACGAGAGGAGAGCCAGUGAACCCAAGAUCGAUUUCUACUGAAGAAGCGAGUAAAAUGAGUGUAUAUUGAUUAUUACAAUAUUGAUUAUAUUUAUUGUGACAUCUACCCGUUUACAUAUGUAUUUUCUGAAUAUUUCGCCUCCCAAGGAAGUACUUUUGUACAUUUUACUGACGUAUUUUGGGACAGACGCAUUGGUCUCUGCAGUCGACAACCUUUAUGGCUCCCUUUGGACUUAGGACGUCGUAACUGGUCUUCCUUUAAAGUGCAUUUACCAAUACCAAUAACAAUAACCAACUUUAUUUGUCCCAAUGGGCAAUUUAAAUGGGAAGUGUGCUCCGUUUUCAAUAUAUAUAUAUAAGUCAUUACAAUUACAAUGCAGUGGAAUAGAGAGGAGCAAUGAGAGAUAUGGGCAAGACAUUCCUAUGCACACCUACACACACACACCGCUGACUGUUCAUCAGUGAUUGAGCAGCUGGACUGCUGAUGGCACAUGUUCAGGUAUUGACAGAAUGCGGGAAGCUUUCCUUACUAAUUGUUGG